GGAAGAAGAUGUUUGCCAAGCUGAAAAAGAAGAUUGCUGAUGAGGCUGCUACUGCCCCACGGCCUGGGGGGCUAGCCAGGAUGCCCAGGUCGAUCAGCAAAGAAUCCGUCACGUCAGCGGGAGCAGAUUCAGGGGACGAUUUUCCAUCUGAUGGAAGCAGCUCCAGAGAAGACCUCUCGUCGCAGCUGUUCCGAAGAAAUGAUCAAAUACGGAAGCUAGAAGUCAAGCUAUCCGAUUACGCCGAACAGGUCCGAAACCUGCAGAAGAUCAAGGAGAAGCUUGAAAAUGCCUUAGAGACACACCAGGAUUCUUUUGUGAAGAAGCUCCAGGAGCAGAACGAAACGCACCAGGCCAGCGUAGCCAAGAUGGCGGAAGGGAUGAGCCUGGCGCUGGAGAGGAAAGACCAGGAGUGGCGGGAAAAGCUGUCUCAUCUGGAAAAGGAGCGGAAACUUCUUUCAGCCCAGUUGCAAGAAAUGAGAGAGCAGAGUUUGAAUUUAUUCCAGAAGAGGGAUGAAAUUGACGAGCUGGAAGGCUUCCAACAGCAGGAGCUUGCAAAAAUCAAGCACAUGCUUCUGAAAAAGGAGGAGUCCUUGGCCCGGAUGGAGGGAGAUAUGAGAUCUUCCACCCAGGAGUUGCUAGAAACACGAGAUGAGCUGCAGGCCUCUCGGGAUUUGUCCUCACGCCUGACCACGGAGGUCGAGGGGCUGCAACAACAGCAGAGGGACCUUACGAUGGAAAGGGAUGAGCUCCAGAAUGCCAGGGCAAGCGCAGAAAACAAGAUUACCAGCUUGGAAGAACGGAGCCAAGACUUGCAGUCCUAUGUCCAGCGCGUGUCAGUAGAUCUGCAGAAGGCUCAGCUGGCUGCCUCCAGUGCGGAAAAGAGCCUGGAUCUGCUGCAAGGAGAACACAAAUCUCUGAAGCUGGACUUUCAAGAGCAAAGGCAAAAGAUGGCUGUCCAAGUGGAGGAGAAGACCCAGCUGGUGGGUCAGCUGCAAGAGAAAGUGGCCACCUUGGAGAAGCGGCUGGAAGGAAGCCUCUCCGGGGACGAACACUUUCAGCAGCUGUUCAGAGAGGUGGCAGAUCUGACCUUGUCCUUGCAGGAGAAGGAGCAACAGAUGGCCGCCAAAACAGACAGUCUCCUGAAACGGGAGGAAGAGGCAAAAUCCUUAAGGCAAGGUCAUGACCUGCUUUUGCUGCAGAUGCACCAGCUGCAGUCCAGCCUGGAUUCAUGCAACGGCCAGGCUGCGGAGAGGGAAGCAGCACUGCAAGAACAACUGCGAAUCCUCCAGAUGCAGCUGCAGGAACAGCAAGAACGCCUCUUAGCCAACGAGAAGCAAGCUGCUGUGUUGGAACUCACAUCCAUAGCUUUGGAAGACCACUUGCACCUUUCUGAAGAUGGAGAGGCGGAGCCCAACGGAGAACUGGUUUCCUCAGAUGCCGUCCGACUCCAGAAGGAGAACCGAGACCUGGAACAGCAGAUAGUGGAAAAAAACAAGAUGAUAAAGCAGCUUCAGCAGAGAAUGGCAGAGCUUAAAAAGACCUUGCAGAAAGAACUUAAAAUUCGACCUGAUGGCGAAGUCCCCGAAGUGCCCACGGCUGGUUUGACUGUAACAAACAACUGCGAUCUGAGCGAUUCCCGAGAGGUCAACUUCGAGUAUUUGAAGCAUGUGGUGCUAAAAUUCAUGUCCAGCCGGGAAUCGGAGGCACUCCAUUUGAUCAAGGCUUUGUCUGUGUUGCUCAGCUUCUCCCCGGAGGAAGAAAACAUGGUCAAGGAAACCUUGGAGUACAAGAUGUCUUGGUUCGGCUCCAAGCCGCUUCCCAGAGGGACCGUCCGGCCGUCCAUCUCCAACCCAAGGACGAUGUGGUCCUGAAGCUCUUCCGGGAUGUCCUGCUGCCUUCCCGCCG